AUGAAUAUAUCAGAUUAUUCAUCUGUGAGGUGCACUUGUGAAACCGAGGAGUGUGAUAGUGGAGAAAACUGUUGCCCAGUGAUUAAAAAAUCAAAAUUUUUUUACACAAAACAUCGGCGUCUUCGUUCGCGUUUUAAUGAGCUGUCGAAUGAAUACCUUAUUGUUGAAUGUUACGGUUGUCAGUGCCGCGAUGAUUGUCCAACAAAAAUAGUUCAGAAUGGACGUCAUUAUAAAGUGGCAAUAGUUCGUACAGAAACUCGUGGUUGGGAUAUUUUUGCGUUGGAAAAUAUGCCAUCAAAUGUAUUUGUUGUGGAAUAUAUCGGUGAAGUGCUUACUAUCACUGAGGGCGAUUCUCGUCGCGAUAGUAUGUAUCAGUUUGAGUUGAGUGGUUACAGUGAAAUAAAGUAUUUGAUUGAUGCAAAAUAUUAUGGAAAUGAAGCUGCUUUUAUCAAACAUUCUUGUAGUCCAAAUUUGGUUGCUGUUCGUGUACGGACUUUGAUUUUGGUGAUUGUAGGACAAGAAUUAACCUCAAACUAUUUCGAUGGAAAAUGGAAACCAGAAACGAUAUUAACGUCAGAGAGGGGACUAUGGAGUGCUCGUAAUUGUGGUGCCUCGAAAUGUAUGCGAUAUUGGCCACAACUUGUUGUUGAUAACUGUGGCAGUGAUGAAGAUAACAAGGAAAAUAGUUUUGUCAAGUCGAAGUAA